GUUUCGAUCGUUUUUGGGUUUUUAAAGAAUGUCGAAAUCAGCAGAGGAAGAGCACCCGCGAAAGGCCUUUGGCUGGGCAGCCAGAGAUCCUUCUGGAGUCCUCUCUCCAUUUAAAUUCUCCCGGAGAGCAACGGAAGAUGACGACGUGACCUUCAAAGUGCUCUACUGUGGGAUCUGCCACUCCGACCUUCACUGCGUUAAGAACGAAUGGGGAAUUUCUACCUAUCCUCUGGUUCCCGGGCACGAGAUCGUCGGCGUGGUGACGGAAGUAGGGAGCAAGGUAACGAAAUACAAAGUUGGCGACAAAGUGGGGGUUGGGUGCAUGGUUGGAGCUUGUCACUCCUGCGAUAGCUGCAAGAACGAUCUUGAGAAUUACUGUCCCAACAUGAUUCAAACCUAUAACUCGACUAACUUCGAUGGUACUAAGACCUACGGUGGCUACUCCGACUUCAUGGUCGCCAGCGAGCGCUACAUCAUACGGAUGGCUGAGAACAUACCGCUCGACGCCAGUGCGCCGCUGUUGUGUGCCGGCAUCACUGUCUACAGCCCCAUGAAAUAUUACGGACUCUGCUCCCCGGGCAUGCACUUGGGUGUAGUAGGUCUUGGUGGGCUUGGCCAUGUGGCUGUCAAAUUCGGCAAAGCACUUGGAAUGAAGAUCACUGUCAUCAGCACCAGUACUGGCAAGAAGCAGGAAGCUCUCGAACGUCUCGGUGCCGAUGCCUUCUUGGUUAGUCGUGACCAGGAACAGAUGCAGGCUGCCACAGGUACAAUGGAUGGUAUCAUCGACACAGUCUCUGCUGAACACCCUCUCUUGCCAUUGAUAAAUCUACUUAAGACAAAUGGGAAGCUCGUUAUGGUGGGUGCACCGGAGCACCCACUCCAGCUGCCAGUCUUCCCUCUGCUCAUGGGGAGGAAGAUGGUAGCAGGAAGCGGCAUUGGAGGAAUGAAGGAGACGCAGGAGAUGAUCGAUUUUGCUGCAAAACAUAACAUAACUGCAGACAUUGAUCUCAUUCCGGUGGACUACCUCAACACUGCCAUGGAACGACUUGUCAAGGCCGAUGUGAAGUACCGAUUCGUUCUCGAUAUUGGAAACACCUUGACCCCUGCUUAGGCUUAGAGCCAAUUGCCUUUAAUUCACCAGGGUUUAAA